CCUUUUUUUUUUGACCAGCCCGCUCCGCUCCGAGUGCGCCUCCCAUCAGGACACUGAGCCAGACCGCUUAGCUCCUCUACCACCUAGGCUCCUCGAUCAUCGGCUGCGAGAAGAUGCCGUGGCGGAAUGAGAAACACCAAGCCCAGACGGCGUGAUUACAGCGCGUUUAGUCAAGACGCAGAGGCGCAAUGGCAGCGUGACGGAGAGAUAGAAGUCCAAACUCAGUGCAAACCAAGCAUUCGGCCCGCUCCGUAGACCUACCAGAGUCCUGAGCAUCGAGGGACGACGUAAGAAGGAUCGGAACAAGUUGCCGAGCUUGCUCGCGCAGCAGCAUAUAAAGAAGGACAUUCUCUGCAAUGCCCACACGCGCAACCUUUCAGUACCUGUGCCCUCGAGGGAAGAAGCAAGCAACCAUGAAGCUCAGUACAAGCGCAUCUACCGUAGCCUGGGCGGCCAUGGUCCUGGCUUGGUCGGCUUCGCCCGUUUCUUGUGCCUAUUCGACCACGCUCCUCAUGGACAGCGAGCCAAUGACGACCUGCACGAGCAACAUGAAUUAUAUCGCCACGAAAACGGGGUACUGGGCUUGUAAACAGACAGAUAGUUCGUCGAUGUUCUGCACGAUGGACAGCUACAUAGACUUCUACCAGGCCCUCAACGCCUUCAAGAGCCACUGCGGCGCACUGUCAGGCCACACCAAUUAGCCGUGCUCGUGCUGAGAUUCGAGACGGCGACGAAGGUCUCGUGCUGCUUUUUCUAUAGUUGUGCUUUUCCAAUGUCAUAGCCUUGCG